AGUGCGCAAUUCGUCAUUUCCGUCGUGCUGUCAACAAAGUGUCUUCGAUCCACAAAAAACCUCAAUAAUUACAACAAGUGGAAUCUAAUAACCGAAAAAUAGUGUGUAAACAAAUGUCUGGCUACACUGGUCAGGAUAACUACUGGGGACAGCCACCCCAGGGGCAAUACAACUUCGACCCCGCUGGGUUUGGCCAACCUAACCCUCAAUUCGACUUUCAAUCCUAUGGAGAUGAGCAGACAACAGAUUAUACAUAUUCCCAGAAGAGUUACCUGGAUCCAACGCAGGGGGCUUAUGGAGGAGACAUGACGUAUGCAUCUGAUGAUUUUGGCAGAGCUCCUGGAUUUGGUGAGGAAGAGGACGAGCCUCCACUCCUGGAGGAACUGGGCAUAGAUCCAGACAGAAUCAUGCAGAAAACCCUAGCUGUUCUGAACCCAUUCCACCGAAGGGGCCAGAUCGACGAUGCAAAUUAUCUCCUUCAAGAUGCUGAUCUGGCUGGUCCAGUGGCCUUCUGCCUUAUCCUGGCAGGUUUCCUCCUUCUCGCAGGCUCCAAGGCCCACUUUGGAUAUGUAUAUGGCCUGGCAGUGACCUCCUGCCUCCUCAUGUACAUUCUCCAGUCCCUCAUGAGCAGUACUGGCAACAUCACCCUGAGCUCUGUUGCCUCUGUUCUUGGGUACUGCUUAUUGCCUGUUGUCGUUCUGGCAGGUGUCAGCAUCUUCACGACCCUCAAGGGACCUAUUGGGAUGGCAAUGGGGGCCUUUGCAGUCGCCUGGGCCACUGUCUCUGCUUCAAGACUCUUCUCGGCCAUGUCAGGAGAGGAGAAACAACGUUUACUCAUUGCUUAUCCGUGUUUGUUGCUCUAUGGAGUAUUCACCUUGAUUGUCAUCUUCUGAAUGCUAAAGGGAGACGAGGAGUUUUCGAUUUUCGAUAGAGGUCUGAUGAUUACUGAUAUUUGUGAGAGAUUGUGAUUAAGAAUUGUAUUGUAAAUAAAUUAAUUGAAUUAGAA